AUGUUUAAUAAGUUUGUCGCCUACGUGCUCACCUCUUUCCUGGGGGACUACUUUGACAACAUCGAUCGCGAACAAAUCAAGGUGUCGGUAUGGAAUGGUCUUGUGCACAUGCGGAACUUGAGGGUGCGGCAAGAUGCACUGCGCUUCCUGGACGUACCUGUGUGUGUACUCAUGGGCACCAUCGAAGAGCUGAGAAUAAUCAUACCAUGGACGCGCCUGCGAUCAGAAUCGGUGGUGGUGCAGAUUCGAAAGGCUCAGCUUGUUGUCGCGGACAAGGAGACUGCCGGCUAUAGCGUCGACCAAGACGUUCGUGAGGCCCGCGCACGCAAGUUUCGAGAGUUGGCCGCGACUGAUGAGGCACUUUUGCUGGCAUUCUGCGAAAGCCUGUCACACGCGAGCAGCUCUGCAGCACCGCCAACCUCGGUGCCAUCUCCCGCAUCAGCCGCGGCGGACAGCUGCGACGACAACUUUACCGCUCGCCUGAAGGCCAGCAUUCUGAACAACAUCCGCGUUGAAGUCGAGGAUCUCUGGGUGCACUAUACGUCCUCCAUCGCUGGUGUGACUCCUGCCGUCGAUAACGUGCUUCCAGGCGGUGUCGUUGAGGAAGUGGCCACACGGCAGCUAUCACAGAGGCAGCCGCAGCAGUCGAUGGAUUCUUCACCCCCGCCAACAGCGCACGUCAACACCGCUGUGCAGCAGUCCUCCCAGCAAGCGUCGCUCUCCUUUCAAAUCAAAGGACUCAAGACCUGUGGAUGCAAUGAGCCCUUUGAGCCAGCAUUUGUCGCCCCAGGGGAACGUAUGGUACGGCAGAUCAUCUCCUUUCACGGCCUUACAGCCUCGCUGCGGACGAGCUCGAGUAGAGAGAGCAAAAUCCCCUUUCUGAUACCAUUUGAUAUGACAUUGGAGCUCGCCUACCAGCCCGUCUACACCGACGCCUCGACACCGCAGUACAUGGCCGCCGCACGCAUGAAGGACACGUGCUUGUUUAUCAUUACAAGCGAGACAUGCACAACAUGCCAGAGCCUCGUGCAAUGCUUGGUGGACGUGCGACAGCGACAGGCGCUCCGUCGGCUGCGCCCCAUCGGAGUGCGCCCGACCGCCAACCCGCACGCAUGGUGGCGGUAUGCACUGGACGCCGUACGACAGCAACUUCGAAAGAACAAGACAGCCGCACCGGCGUCCACUCACAAGCCAACGCCUUUUUCGUGGCGUACUUACGUUUCGAUGAAGCAGAAGCGUGACCGCUACAUGCGACUGUACCUGCGGCAGCAACGGACAGCGCUCAGGGCUGCAGGAUGGCUGGAGCCCCUGACAGUGGAGGAGCACGUGGAGAUGGUGGGACUUGAGGAAGAGCUUUCACUCGACGUGCUUAAGGUCGGGAAGAAGCUCGCCCUAUGGCGAGUGGGCGUCGAGCGUGUUGAGUAUGAAAAACUCCUAAGUGAGAAGAGAGCAGCGGGCGGCGCAGGAGAGAGACUCACCACAAGCCCUGUACCCCUCAGCGCGCCAUCCGCUCAGCGGGUAGCUCCGGUUGCGAAAGGUAAGUGGUUCUCCUUCUGGCGCUCGGAGUCGCAGCCGACCACCGUGACAAGCGAUAGCGCCGGUUAUGAAGCUGCGGAUGGCCUGAGCGACGAGGCGCGCGCCGAGCUGCGUGAGCUCGUGCAACUCAUGUCAGCUAAACGGUGGACAGAGGCACAGCGGGCUCUGAUUGCGCAGGAGUUUGGCAUUUCCCCUGAGGAGGCAGAAACGUUUGCCUACUCCGAUGCAUCGCUACCUGCGCCGGCGCCAGAUCUAGCAGCCAUGAACUCGCCAAAGAAGCAGAUCAUUCAUCGCAGCGUUCCCAAUUGUGUCCUUUUCCUCCAGGCCGCAGCACUCAAGGUGGAGCUACAGUGCAGUGUGUUGAGCGCAUUAAACGCACCGUCUGUCCCUAUGCGUAAAGCCGCACCUUCCACCCCAGCACAUGCCACCCUUGCACAAGUGGCACUGCACACCCUUCAGGCAGGUGUCGAGUGGGGAGGAGUCAGCGCUGCCAGUCCGUCAGUCCUGCCGGCCGCGUACUACUGGGGAACCAUGGAGCACUUCUCCAUCACAGCCACCCCUCUCACGGCACUAGAUGAUCCACAACUUCCGCCUACACUGACAGAGGAGGUGAUCCUCUCCAUAGGCCGUCCCACCGCACGACAAGAUGACUCGCAGAGCAAUUUGUCGUCGUCUCCUCAGAGCAUUAACAGCACUGGGGGUCCCCGCACAUCAGCUGCAAACAUAGCUGAGCGAGUGGCGUCGGUGCACCUAUCACGGUCGCGCACCUUCUCUCCCCUCGAGUCCUGCUGGUCUAUCUUGCCAGACGAGUGCCGCCGCCACGGCGCCGUGCAGGUGGAGUGGACAAUCCGAUCCGCGCAGCAGUUGACGUCCGAGAUGUCGGCGCUGCAUUUCGCGCACGUUGGGUUAGCGACCGUUCAUCUUGUCAUUAAUGUUGUCCCACUGAGUCGUUUGAGCAACCUUUUCUUUAGGGUACUGUGGCCAGAAGUAGCGCUGCUGUACCCCUCGCCUGGUCCCAGUACUGGCGUCGUAAAAGUGCGUUCAUCACCCCCAAUCGCUUCCAGUAGCGAUGACGAUUUCACGGCGCUAACAGUGCCUGUGUCGGCAUGUAUGACGCACGCUGAGCAAUGCUGUUCGACGGGCGUGGACGCGCGAUUGAUUCUUCUGCGGCGCAUUGUCGAGCAGCAGCUUUCGAUUGAUUGGUCGGUGGCAGUGGACGCCAUGCUCGUCUCCCUCUUUGAAGUGCCUCAGGUGCAGGGCUGUGAGCUCGCACUCACGCAAGUGUGUCUGCGCAAUGAUGUGGUGCACCGUCUGCAGCGGCAGGAGCGCUGGCGCGCGGAAGUGAGCAAGGAUCAUCCCAACGCAAGCUUCUCCCCGGCGACGAUGACCACCGCUGCCGCACCGCUUGGCUCACUGGAGACUGACUGGAUCGACUGCACGCACCUCCAAAUAGCAGCUGUCCGUCUCUCUGUGUUAUUCCCAACAACCCCCGCUUCUGUUCUCGCCACUGAGUCCAUUGAGCGAAGCGUGCUGCUUUCGGACACGACAAUCGCUGUGGUGGUAGAGCGAAGUCUUUUGAGGCGAUGCCAUCCCACUCUGCCGCAGUGGAACCUUCACAUCUCGUCCAGUGAUGCCGUGAGCCUGACGUGGUCGCGCACCAGUCUGUCGGUACUUACGACUGCCUGCAGCCUGCUGGCCGAUCUAGCAGCAUCGGUCUGGUCCAACAUUUUGCAGCGGGAAGCCGCUCCAAUGGACGCAGGGCAAAGCCCAGAAGACGACGCUGCUUACACGUUUCGCGUGCGCGUGCUUCCACAUCCCACAGGAAAGCGGUUCUGGCAUGCGGCGCGCGGGCAGCAAGUCCAUGCAGACGACGAGCACGAGGACGAUCCGCCGCUCACAGCAGACGAGCGGGAGUCAUACUACAAGCAGCUGCAUCCGUUCUCUGCCGCACGGCGACACUCCACAGUGGUAACCGGGGCCGCUCUUCCUCAGAGAGUCGACAUACGUCCUGGCGUGUGCAUCGUCUACCACGCGCAGCGCUCAACCUUCCCGGCACACUGUUACACACUGCUGCACGGCUGCACGCACGUGCACUGCGAUGGCGGGGCGAAGGAUUCUGGAGUCACAGCCGCUGCGAGUGUCACCACAGGCCCGCGUGUGCAUCUUUACGUCUCACAGGGGGGCAUGAAUCACGAGGAGGCGCUGGAAAGCGGGUACAGCGAAGCGAAGCGGUUCUUGCUGGAUUCACUCAAGGUACCGCCAGCGCUCCUUGAGAAUGCGGUUUGGCUGAAGCGUGCCGUUAAUGCGUGGCUGGAGAAAAUAAACGCAGAAGAGGGUGAUAAAGGUGCACCUUCACAGCAGCACGUUGAAACGGCGCUGAGUCGCGUCCUCGCGGGCACGCAGGUGGUUCCCUGCCGCUACGUGGCUUUCCAGUGCGCCAACGAUGCCGAGGCAUGCGCCGUCGCGGCGGCGCUGCGUCGCUGCUGCGUGGCCGGGACUACGCCUCCAUGGGGACUUCGCUCCUCCGUACAGGCAUGGUACAACACCGACGUGUCGCCGCCAGAGCUUCUCAAGCAGCCCCUCUACGGCAUGACAGUGUCCUUUCCCUUGCUGUGCAUGACGUGUGAAGGGAGCGAGCCCGUCUUGUGCUCGGAUGCCUUGGAGAUGAACACCGCCUGUGCUGAUUCCUCUAGAUCCUCUCGGCGCGAUGCCGUCUUGUCCUUCACGCCGUUUCUCCUUUGCCAAAACAGCUACCGCGACAAGCAGCGCUACGAGCUGCGCGUUGCAGACAGGGUGGCACUGUACGCCGACUUCGGGGGCAGUAGGGCACGCGACAAUGACCUGAAACUGUUGGAGGUGAGUGCGCCAUCGAGCACGCCCGUGACUGGCACUAGCAGCCGCACCGCAGGCGACGCCUGCGCGCUGUUCAUGUGUUUCGAGGACUACAAGCGUUCAUCACCGCUGCCAUCGGCGCGGCGGUGCGCCGUGCGUGUCGCACCAGCGGCGCAGAUGUGGUUGCGGGCUGGACCAGCUCUGCUGGAGUGGGGUGAGGCGUGGUGGGACACGGCGGGACUGCUCACGAACCGGCUGUUCAGCGAAGAAAUCAUUUCAGGUUAUCCGUGGUGGCGGUCCCGUGGUAGGGACGAGGACGCGCAGGAGGGGCAAAUAGGCGAGGACGCAGACGUGCACUCGAGAAUGCCCACUGAGGUAGAGAUGGAAUGGCGUAGAAGUAGCGAGUGCGGCAACAAUGGAAUGAGUAUUCAUGUCGACGUGACCGUGCCUGCACUUCAGGUAGACGUGGAACUCGAAAAUGCUGUUGAGACAUCUCAGUUGUCCAGGGACAUUCCUGUGCUGCAGUUCAGAGCUCUUGGCGCAGUUCUGCAGUGGUGCCUGACGGACGCGUGCAGUCACCUGUGGCUAAGCGCCCAAACACCUCAACUGCAGUGGUGCUGCUCCUCAGCUAGUGGGACUGGGCCGGCAAAGGCGAACUGGAUCACACUUAUGCAACCGCACAAUGCCGUAACACCCAGCGAAUCACGCGUCGACAGUGCAGAGCUCUCGGUCGACUGGAAGCUGCACAAACCGCCGCCAACGCUCUCCCUCUCCGAUUGGUUGCGCGCAAGGUCCGGCGGCGGUGAGGGCGGUGUGGGUGUCUCUACUACGGGCAUCCGCGAUCAACAAGAGCUGAAGAUGCAGCUGCGCUGUGUGCAGCUGGUCUACUGGCACCCAUUACUUAUGCACCUCCUUCAAUCUGUUCUGGAUGGUCUUGUGCCACGCGCCUCGGCCGUGGUGUCACGGGAGCCGUGCUGGUUCUGCGCCGGCACCCUCUUCUGCCCUCCACUGUCAUGGCGAAUCCCUGAAAAGGCCCCAGUGGCUGUGUCGUGGACGCAUGUGUGUACGUCGGUAACCCUGCAAUCGGUGGAACUACAGGUGCCAAGGCAAGUAGACUGGAUUGCGCAAGCGGCCAGUUCUGCGCUACUGCCGCCGACGCCGCACCUCCGCCUCUCGGUGAAGCGACUUUCUUUCACUGACCGGAUAAACGCACCGCCCUUCUCUUCCACCUCCGACUUGUCGCCGGCGACAAACACGGUAGACAUCGUCUUCGCCGUCCACUUCUCUGACAUGGUUAUCUCUCAUGCUCAGCCAAGCUCAGGAGCAUCGUUUCAAUGGCGCUUGCCCAGUUGGCACGUUACCAUUGCCUACCCCGUGUUCGACGCGAGAUGCCUUUGGGAAGCCGGUGUACCAUGGCACAAGUCCUUUGCGGUGGUGCUGCCGUCACUGACGGAGUCCUGCGUGCUGCAGUGCUCGAGUGCUGAUCUCGCGUACGUGAUGGACGCCUUCCACGCCAACUUUGUAUAUCCGACGCCAUUCAGCAGGGAAGGGGAACCACACACUGUGAACACGUCCUCACCUGCCUCGCUACUCAAGGCGUUCGUGGAGGAAAGCACGUGGACACUGGACGUGAAGGGCGAGGCGACGUUCUGCAUCAGCUCAUCGCGGUCCGAUCCCAGCCACAGUGACAGCCAGUCCAUGCAGUGCCUGCUGCAGCUGAGCGGCGCUGCCGCCUCUGCGGUGCGUUCUACGAGCGGAGAACGAAGCUACUCCUUCGCGGCACAGCAGAUCUGGCUCGGCUGUGGCACGCCGAAUAACCUGUCAUCAGGCUUGUCGAAAAGCGGCGGACGCUGUAUUCUUCAGAUAGUACCAAUGCACAGCAACAGCGCCGCCACCGCGCCAACCGCGUCCCUUACGCUUCAGUAUGGCUGGCAUUCUCCACCAGAUCUUCACGUGGGUUUAAGAGGUGCAACUGGCUCUGCGACCCUUCCAGGGAGAGCUGUCUGCCUCUCUGUUGACUCGCUCGGAAGGGUAAUAACUACCGUAAAUGGCGAGGCAAUCGCACUUCUCCUCGCGACUUUUGUCGACGACGCGCACCUUCGCGAGAGCCUCCUUCGCUACGUGGCAGAGACACCGUCAUCGGGGGCAACAGCCAGUAUACCGACCCCCUUUCACAAGUCCAGCGAUGGUAGAGACAGUGAAGGGUGCAUAAUGCAGGUGGUACGCAUUCGUCUGGAGCAUCUUCAGUGCUGCAUCCCAUGCUCUGCGGAGUCCAUCUACUCCCCCGGUACCUCCACAACCACACCUAGUACGGCGCUACUUGUGCUGAACGGCGCCGCUUCAAAGGUGCAUGUUGAAUUGCGCAAGAACCUGAGUGCGUCAUAUGUAAUGGUUCGCGUUGCCCGCCUUCUUCACUGCGUGCUGGAAGACACCGGAAGCGGCGGCUCUGUUGCGACAGUCAUUCCGCUCGUGUUAGAACAGCCGACUGAGUGGCAAGCGCCGGCGGUGGCGGCGUCCUCUCGCCCCGGUCAUCAUGCGUCACUGCAGACGCCAGUAGCGUCGGUCUUGUCGACGGGGGCACCAAGGUCGACAGACGCUAGACUGCUCGAUGAGUUGGUCGGUGAACUGCCUGAGGUGACCUCCCCCGACUACACGACACCGGAGCUACCGGAGGUGAAACAAGGGAGUACGUUGCAAAGAAGGGUGAUAUCGCCGGCAAGUGACGUCCUCUACAUGUCGCUGGACGAUGCACCUAUGCAAUGUAAGAUUAUUCUUCAGCUACAGCCACUGUGGAUCUUCUCACCUUCGAUGGUGCACAUAGUAUCGAUGCUGAAUGGUGUGCGCACACAGGUAAAAUCGUCUGUAACGGCGCUGCUUCACGUCCGCGCAACUCCUGCUUUGCAUCAUUUUACCAGCACGGCAACGGGACCCGAACCACCCCGUCACUAUGCGCUUCAGCUACGAAGUGAAUCUCUUGCUGUGUUUGUAGGUGAAAGGGAAGUCACCACGCCAGCCACGCCAAGUUGCCCCUCAGCAUCUCUUGAGGCGAUUGUUCAGGAAUCCGUAGGCGCACAGGAGAUGCUUUUGCUCGUCACCGAGGCGGUGACGGUGGAGUGGGACUCGGAGUUCCAGGCUAGUGAGGGCGUCGACGGCACUCAAACGGUGGUGCAUCUUCAGAACAUGUCCAUCCGUGUCCUGCAGGGGAUGCGAAGUUCCACGGCGCUCCUGGAGCAGUUUGACAUUCGUCUGCAGCGUCAGGUGAUGGCGAGCAGAGUGCCUUUUGAGCCUUCCGCUGCUGCCACUAUAGGCACGGUCGAGGAGUGGCGCCUUGGUGUGGAUCCACUGCACCUGACGCUGACACAGCUUCACUACACUGUGCUACUCCGUUUGGUGCUUCAGCAAACGUCUCUUCUCGCAACCAUUGUCAAGCACUCCUCGUCGGCGUCGCAGUCCAUAGCAGCCGCAGCCGCCGACCUGUCUUCGACGGUCGCAUCGCAGGGGCUGCAACGGCAUAGCACCAGCCAACUGCGCUCACCAUUCAAGGCAAGGAGCUUUCAAUUUCAUCUCUCUUCAUUGCGUCUGCGCGUGCAAGCCGACGACGGAACUGAUGGAUGCGGGCCUCCGACGGCAGUGUACUUUGAGUUAAGCAAGCUCGAUGCAACCUACUACACCGGCGAGCACAAUUGGCCCUGCGUAGAGGACGUCGGGGAUGAUCUCAAGGAGAGGGGGGUGUCUCUGCGGCUGACUGUGACACUGGCCAGCUGCCAUCUCGGCACUGAGGGCAACAUCCCCACACUUGCUCUCACGGCGGCUUCGUCUCGUACUUCCACCCAAUCAGCCCACACGCGUUGCUCGCUAUGUGUCGCACAAGAGGAGGCGACCAAGGCUUACAGAGGUGCACUGCAGGUCGGGCAAGUGACGCUGACGGUGGAAACCGUGCCGAUGAUGGCGUGGAUGGACAUCCUCUACACGCCGUACCUCCGGGAAACCGUACCUGACUACCAGACAGCGAAAGAGCACCUAAUGCAGCAGGACUGGUGGCUGACGGAGGAUUUGGUUCUCUCGGAGCGGACGCCGCUGCGUGUGAUAAACAAGCUUUACAGCCUCGUGUACCUCUACGGCAACGGCUACACGAUUCACAUGAACGCGACGCGGCACGGGCAGCUUAUCUUCCUUGACGAAGGCGUAACACUGCGCAUUAUGCACGCCACCGUGUGCAUGUACGCCUCCUCGAUUGAGGCGUACGUCGCAGCCGGCAACGGCUCGUAUGUUGUGAUCGAUCGUGAGACCUGCAGCGUGGUGCCGCCACCAUCCGCGGUGCAGCGGACCGCAGCUGAGUUCUCCUCCAAUGCUGGGCGGGAACUGGGGUCUCCGAAAUGGCACCGCCUCGUCGGUGAAGUGCAAAUUGUGCUGCGUAUACCGGAGCCGCGCUCCGUCGCCAGCGCAGCUGCUAUGUCGUAUAGCAGUGCAGGCUGCGCAGCCACCACAUCAGCUCAGCGCACCCUUGUCCUUUACAGUCAGAUGCACUUGUGCCUAAUGAACGCUCGAUCCACUGAAACUGGUGAAGAUGAGAUGACAGCGGCGUUUGACCUGGCGCAUGCAGGAGUGCGAAGCGAGUAUGUUGCACAUCAUGACGGCAGCGCUGUGGACACGUCGGACCUCGUGUCGGACUGGGCUGUGAAGGUGCUGAUGACGGAAGAGAGAAGACGUUGUGCUGGCGACUCGACGGCAUCGCUGACGUGCACUCGCACCAUCCACCUUAGCGCCGGCACAGGAGUCGAGGUGCAGGUGCGCUACAGCGACGCCGUUUUCGUGGCACGAGCAGCGUGCCAUGCGCAAGCAGCUGCCUCACGUUGGCAGGAUGCGGUACGCCAGGAGGUGUGGUCAGGUUUCUUCUCGCCACAACGCGGCUGGGACGCGGCUCGGAUCGAGAACGAGGUGAGCGUGGCGCUACUUGUGCAGACACAGUACUCCCACAGAGGUGCGAAGGCGGGUGCUUUCGGGACUUCGACCAGUGCUGACACGACUGUCGACGCUAUUUCCUUGCAAAUCCCGUACGUGAGCUUCGUCGUGAUUAACGACAGUCAAGAUAUCGACACCCCGCUCUUCUGCCUCUACGCAAACGAAAUCCACACGCCUCAAUGCACACUCAAGUCGCUGCAGACAAGCACUGAGCUACGCUUUGUGCUGCAGGUAGAGUACUAUGAGCUCUCCCUGUCACACUGGGCGCCGGUUCUUGAACCGGUGGAGGUGAAUGUGUUCUUCACUUUGCGUAAGAACACCUCUGUCACGGACAUAUACGAUCGGCAAGGUUAUGCGCGGCUCUCGGCACGCACGAGCAGCGUUAAGCUGUACUUUUCCUUAGAAAUGCUGCGCACUGUGCGGCAGCUGCUGAUGUUGCGUGACAUGUUCGACUCGGCUGUCGUCGACGCGCUGGCGACGUGCGACACGUCAGACGGUGGCUCCGCAAGGCGAUCCACUUUCCACACAUUCAGGCUUGUGCAGACAACCGGGCUUGACAUCGCCGUUCGGCUGCAGGUGUACAUGGAGAAACCGCAGGGGUUGCUGAAACGUGCUGGCGGCGGCGACGAGGACGCUUUCUUGCGUGGGCGCGUGUUGCACUCCGGGCAGGUGUGGGAGUUCAACUUCCCACGGUGUCAUGGCAAAGAAGUUCCGCGAGAGCACCAAACGAUCAUCGUGCAGGAGACGCAGGAGGAGCACCCCUCCAGCGCACCAACGUCCAAAGCAAGCGGAGCUGAGGUGUCACUGGCGGCAGUUGGUGUUCAACGAGUACGUAUGGGCAAUAGUGGACCACUGCAGCGUUACAUCCUCGCCGAGGUCUCUGUCCCACUUCGGCGGCAGGGCCAGAAGCAGGUGCUUCUACAUACACUCGUCACCUUCACGAACCGGCUGAGCAUAGCGCUGCUGCAAGUUGGCCUGAAUGCCUCUGGGACGUACGACGCAAUUGGUGUCAUACCACCAGCAUCCUCUCAAUGCGUUCCGGUGCAGGUGUUGCGCCGCCGCGUGACUCUAGCUCUAGGGAACUCUGCUGAAGCAUCAACGCCAAGUCCCUCUCUGACCCAGAUGGAGCUGAGCGCCGACUCGAUUGUGUCACUCGGCAUGUCAUACGACAGCCUCCCUUGCCUGGCAGGGACGGUGUUUCUGUGCGUGUGCACUUCCGCGCACGGCAACAGGAGCAGUGCUGGCAGCAGCAGUGGGCAACGCGGCGUCGCGCGCAUUGCAGUCGGCCAUAACUUUGAGGUGUUCUCCAGAAAGCAGGACAAGACGCACUUCCUGCUGCGUAUUCAGGAGGCAGCGAGACAGCCGGUGGAUGUGCUGCGCAACUCUUUUCUCUCUCCCUUGCGCGCCGUCAUGGUCACGGCAGAGGCUGUGGUGACAAUUCACAACGCCGUUGGUGUGCCCCUGAUGGUGACGCUGCUAACCCGCCGCAUUCAUCCAGGAAGGCGAAUCUCACUGCUCGAUACCUCUCCCGAUACGACCGUCUACACGCAACUAUGCACUGUCGCUGUCGGCGUGGGCGGGAGCUACGGAGCCACCGAGAUGGACCCACUACAGGACGUGUGUCUUGGUGUCUCGCUGCAGCAGCCCAACGGCAUCACGCUUGCGCAGUGGUCUACCGCGCCAACAGGCAGCACACCGACAGCACACCACCCACCAGCGUGCAUCUACACACCGCUUGACGAGACGCGGCGUGACACACAACUCGUUCUCGUGGACCCGAUCACCAACGCAACCCUCGUACUUGCCAUCAGGUACGCACAACGCGAAGCUACCCUGUACUGCCCCUGCUGGAUCUUCAAUGAGACUGAUGUGCCGCUACAACUAGCCGAUACGACACGGCCGCACCACGGCAACACGGAGCGGUGUGUCGUCCCAAUUGCGGGGCUGUCAGGGCAAACGGUGCUCACAGCGACAGUCGCACCGUGCGAAGUCAAGGGGAGCGACCCUGGCGACCACCAUGUUGCCGGGCAUGCACAGCCGCUCCUUUACCACAGCCUACGAGCCGCGUCGUGCAACCGCAAGGAAAACUACGCGGGAAGCAGUGGUCUUUUCUUGCGCCUCUGGGAGCCCGCCGAGGCUGGGACCAGCGGUGGUGGUGCGCAGGCGGGGUGGUCUGAUUGGUCGUCGCAGCCGCUGCUGGUGGACGAGGCAGCGGAGCUGCAGGUAGUUGUUUGUACAAGCCGCCAUAAGCGCGGGGCCGUGUGGGUCCUUGCGUGCCGCGUCGAGAUGGGUCACCAGGCCUCUGCACGUGCCUAUAGCGACACCCGAGUGGUGUCCAUUCGCCCGCGCUGGGUGCUGGUGAACAAGUCUCCGUACGCGCUUCGGUUUGCCCAGCUCAGCAGCGGCGUUGGGAAUCGCCCGGCAGUGUUGACGGCGCAAACCGCACCCUUCACUGAGACGGCGGUCAGCACCCUCGUGACACCAGCCAUGGUAGGCGGCAGGCUGGAACCGCUUUUCUCCAUCGCCAUGUGCGACGAUAAGACACACAACGUAGACCAGUGCCGCUGGUCUCCGCCAUUUUCGAUUCACACAGUGGAGGAGUGGCACUUGAACCUGGUCUAUCAGAGCACCAUCCCUCUGGCAGAGCACUGGCCGCAAACCUCUACCAGGGCGGGGCAGUGGACUGUGCAGGGCGUUGUUGAUCAUUUGCCGCCACUGCGCCCCGAGGACAUCCAAGAAGUGGGUGGGGAACUGUUUGUGAGACGGGAGGAGGCAAAGGUAUUCAGCGUCACGACAUACGAGCACAAGGGAUGCAUCAUGUGCGUGCAGGUUGAGGAAGCCCUGCAACCGCCGCUGGUGCUGGAGAACCGCACAUCCUUCACCAUCUGUUUCCGGCAGCGCGGGAUGCGUCGUGUCUCGACAGUGUUCCCGCGUCGCCGCAAGUCGUGGACGUGGGACGUGCCGCCUGCAGCCAGACAGCUUCCGGCUGAGGUGGAGCUCUGGGCUUUUCUCGACAGCGUUGAUGGGUCAGCGACUAGCACGGAAAAGACAACACCGGCGGCAGCGGCGUCGUGCGUACUCAACUUCGAUCCGCAGCAGAUUGGACGCUGGUCCAGCGAGGUCGACGCACUCCAGGGCGAGCUCGAGGUGAAGGACGCCGCCACCGGUACGUCGUCGCUGCUUUUUGUUCGCGUACGCGGCGUGCACGGCAUCAGCUACGCCGUGAGUAUCACGAUGGAGCCAACCAUUGAUGCGUACCGCACGUUGCCUUUCCCACAGUUCUCGUUCGCGCUGCACGUCGCCAGCAUGUACGUCUUGUGCCGCACCACUGACAAACGAGAAGGACAGCUGCAGGAGAUGUUGCUCUUGGCUAUGGAGCCGGUCGAUUUCUUCUUUGCGCAAGGUGCACGCCUGGCAACGAACGCGAGUCAACCGGCGGCGAGAAGGCCCUCUGAGGACGCUGACAGGGGCGAUACGCAGCUGAUUCAAUUGCGCUUUCGCAGCUUCCAGGUAGACGAUGAGCGUCCGUCGGCGAAGCAGCGCGUCGUUGCGCAGCUCGUCGAUGACAAAGAGAGCGGGUUUCGGAUUGAACGCAAGCUGCUCCGAAUCACGCCUAUUCUCUACUGCUCCGUCGUCGCUUUUUGGCUGACACCCGUGGAACUACACAUCGAAGACGGUUUCCUCACAGCAAUGAUGCGCUACGUUGAAGAGGUGAAGUCGAGCUGGGACACUCUGUGGCCAUCGAAGCCGUCCGCGCGCAUACGCUUGUCCGGCGUAGCUCAAGGGUGUCAAGCGCAGCUCCUUCCGUGGCAGGUGCACCUCGAGCAGGAGCUAUCGGUAGCGAAGCAAUUUUUCACAGAAGCGCAAGAGGGCAGUGGUCAGACGUUGGUGCAGCGGCCAAGGUCUACUGUACCGCUCUGGAGUCGGGUCAUUGCCAUUCGACAACUUGUUGUUGAUUCGCUACUGGUUUCCCUCUCACUUUACCGCUCACCUGGCGCGGCGGAUGACCCGCUUUGGAAGUUGGCAGGCGCAGCCAGCCUGCUCGUCGGCUCGACACAGGACGCACGGCUACAGUGGGACGCUGUUCAGCGCCAUGACGUGUGUGACACCAUUUGGCACCUUUUAUUUCUCCACCGGGAGUCCUGCGCGAGGCAGCUGAAAAGGCAGUACAUAAGUCUAGUGAACAUUAUUGGGAUCGACAAGGUGCGCGGUUUUGUUUCCGAUCUGCUCAACGGCUACAGUGAUCCGUCGAAUGACCACCGUGGCAGCGGCAACAGUGGUCGCGGAGCAGGACGGCGUCAAAAGCAGCGCGUGCCGUGCCGGCGCGCGGCGAACUUUCUCUUUGACCAUCGCACUGGCGGCGCUCGCUCUUCCCCUGGCGUUGCAACCACAACCCUGCGGCGGUCUGGUGUAGCCUCGGCUUCUGCGAACCGCACUCCAGAAUAUGGGCGGGAAGCGGAAGAGGUGCCCUGUACAGCAACAUCGUGGCUCUUGCGCGUCCCUGAGCGUGAGGUGCCGAUCAGCGCCCAGCGUACGACUACCGUGGCUGAGGUUGCUCGAAUCUACUUGUGGGAGGACUUCUUGGCUGUUGCGCAGACGCCGGAGAUCAGGGCGUUUGGCGGUUACGCACUAGGACGCGCGCUGGCAGAGAUGCAGGCAACUCCACGGUACAAUCUGCGUUGCGUGGAGAGAGGGGGCCUGCGACCCUGUGCAUCCGAAGUUGUGCGCACCACUCUUGAUGCUCGCCGCCGUGGCGCGGCAGGUGCACCUCACCCGCAGAUCAACUGCAGUCGCUGCGCUGAGCUCGAGGCGCUUCGGGGCGCGCGGUUGCGCAGUCGAGAGUCGACGCCGCUGCCGCACCCUGUCCGCGAUGGCUUCCUUACCUGGGAGGAGUUUGCCCAUCACAUUAACUGGUACGAGUUUGUGGACAUGUGCACUGACGAAGAAGUGCGCCUCUACGCAUCACUAGUCCGCCAAGGUGCCGCAGAGGCGUCCUGCAACGUGUGCAUUCUGACUUCUUUCUAG